ACUUAAUGGAUAUAUAUCCUUACAUCGACUUGAGGGACUGUCACGUAAUCUUUUUCAUUUUCUCAUUUCGGUCUCGGAUUUCACCAACAAUGAAUCCCCUAUCUUAUAUUCAUUCGUUCAUGGAUAUGGAGGAUAAUACUUGGGAUGCUAUCGCACCGUUCUUUAGCAGCCUGGUAAAUCUUCGAAGCGUUUUCAUUCAGUGUGACGCCGAGUUUCAACUAUCUAAGCAAGUGAAAACUAUUCUGGUUGAAUAUGGCGUGAAUAUUACAGAAUCAAGAAUUUCAAAGCAUUGCUUCAGGUCUUCUGUGGUUGGUGUUGGGAGAUACAAUGAAUUCUUAAAUACUGUAUUGACAAGCAGUGAGUCAUGUGAUGUUUGUCUCCCAGGUGACAAUGAUCCUUACUGGUUGGCCCAUAUAGGUGAGGGACAUUCUGUUUCUUUCACUGUGCCUCAAGAUCGUGUCAUGAAGGGAAUAGUUUUGUAUGUUGUUUAUUUAUCAACCCGGGGAAUCGUGACAACUGAAUGUUUUACAAGUGUUUUAAUUGUUAAUUAUACAAAGUGCACAUUACUGAUGCACAACCAUGACAGAGUAAUUUCAUUUAUGCCUUAUUCACUUGAGUGAAUUUAAGGAAGAGUAAUCGAGAAGAUUUGAGAGAAUUUGAAAAUAAAUUUUUUUGUUGAUUAUUUGAGUGAAUUUGGAGGUAAAUGAGAUUGGAUUUGGAAGUAAAUUUUUUUAAUUUGUCACGUCAAUCAAAUCCUACAAUAAUUUUCACAAACUUUAUUUCCAAAUUCAUUCUCACUUACUUAUCUUCAAAUUGACUCAAAUAAAUAACAAAAAAAUUUAUUUUCAAAUCCCCUCAAUUACUCUCCCUCAAAUCCAUUCAUGUGAAUAAGGCCUAAAGAUGAAGAUUGGCAUGAUAUAAUGUCAAAUUUAGGAUCAGGAGACAAGGUGGAGAUUUUUGUGACUUUUGGAAUUAAUCAUAGAGUCCUUGAUUUCUGUA